CCCUGCAGUAACCUCCCCCAUCACUGCCAUAAGCGAGCAUCAGUUUAACAGCACAUCCCUCACUGAAGGCAACAUGCCUUUCGGUCUAUUAAAUAAAUAGUCUGCAGCUAGGCUUUGCAUUGCAGCGGAAACCGUAGUCGUCACAAAAUACAGCCAUCUAAUUUUAGAAUGACACGGCGAUGACGAAGAUAUAUUUGUAAUUAUGGCUGAACCCGUUUUUUUCAGAUCUUGUUUUUAAACAACAGAUAUGCCCAGUAAAUCACUACACUGCGGAGCGUAGACUUUUCUUAAUGAGAGGGAAAAGCGGGGGCAGGCUGCCAUGGAUCCCUUCAGCCAGUUGAUUCUCGCCAUCUCCGUGGCCAGUUUCUUCACCUUCCAGUGGCUUUUCCACAGCGUCAGCCCCUGGGUGUCGGCUCGCGUUAGCGCCGGCUUCCUGCGGCUCAGCCACAAACAGAGGAUAGAGUGGAACUCCAGGACAGUAUCCACAUUUCACGCCCUGGUGGUGGGUCUCUUCUGUCUGUACAUCUUGCUCUUUGAUGAUGCUGUCAAUCAAGACCCUGUCUGGGGGGAUCCUACACUGGUGAAAAUAAAUGUGGGCAUAACAACGGGCUACCUCAUUUCUGAUCUGCUGCUCAUAUUUUACUAUUGGAAGGCGAUAGGGGACAAGUUUUUUGUAAUCCAUCACCUGGCAGCGUUGUAUGCUUACUACUAUGUACUGGGCCAAGGAAUGUUGCCUUAUUUUGCUAACUUCCGUCUGCUUGCAGAGUUCUCCACACCCUGUGUGAAUCAGCGCUGGUUCUUUGAAGUGUUAGGUUACCCCAAAUCCUCCAAACCCAACAUUGCCAACGGAGUGAUGAUGGCGGCCAUAUUCUUCCUGGUGAGGAUCGCGGUCAUGCCGGUCUACUACAGCCGCAUGUACGCCGUCUACGGCACGGAGGCCUUCUACAGGGUGUCCUGGGGCGGCCGCAGUGCCUGGAUCUUCUCCAGCUUCUGCCUGGACAUCAUGAACGUCAUGUGGAUGCACAAGAUUGCCCGGGGAUGCUACAAGGUCCUGCGCUCCGGCAGGCAGCGCAAGGCAGAGACACAGGAGAACGGGAAGACCGAGUGAGGAGGGCGGCGCUUGGGCGUGUGUGGGCCGUCCUGCUCACAGAGGGGUGUGCUCUCUGGCCGCCGCCGUUCCGCCGACAGGCUCGCCCAGGAACGUCAGGCGUCCGCUGCGUGUCGCACACUUCACAUGCACAAGGCCAGAGACUGUCACAGGUACUGCGUUUCCAUUUUAAUCCCGAACUGCGCCCGAAUUGCAAAACGCUGUGGGACUAUUGGAGGGUGCAGAAUUCACAUGCAUGGCCAAUUUCCUUUUAAAAAAAAAAAAAAAAAAAAUCUAUAUAUAUAUAUAAACUGUUUAUUUAUGCUCAGCAAAGCAGUUUGCAAUGAUGUCCAAAAGGAGACCUCAGUUUUCUACUUACAAAAUUCAAGAGCUUUCACCAUGUUCACGCCACAAACAAUCCCC